AUGGCUUUCAGUCACCAGAGUCCAUGCAAUGGGGGUUCCAGUAGGGAAGAUGAGAAGGGUGCAGGUAGCUCACAGUACGCACUGCUCCCUCAGAUCCUGCAACGUGGGUUCCUAGAUGACAAGGUAGCUAAGUUGGUGCCAAACUUGCUAUUAAAAUAUCAAAUGACAGAGCUGAUCACCAGGGAAGAAAUGCUGCACAGUGUCGACAAGGAUCACCAGGAGUACUUUCCUCUGAUCUUCAGGGAAGUGUGUGAGUGCAUGCGUCUGGGCUGUGGCAUUCAAGUGAGAGAAAUAGAUCCCCCUGGCCAAAUGUAUGCCCUCAUCCCUGUGUUGGGUCUUACUUACAGUGGCAUGUUGGGUGAUGAAGAGAUCAUUCCUAAAAUUGACCUCCUGAUAGUUAUCCUGACUGUCAUUUUCAUGAAUGGCAACCGUGCUAGUGAGGAGGAUAUGUGGCAAGUACUGAUAGUGAGGGAGAUGUUACCUCAGUGGAAGCGCUUUAUUAUUUGGGAACCCUGGAAAUUCAUCACUGAGGAUUUGGUGCAGAAACAGUAUGUGGUAUACCAGCAGGUUCCCAACAGUCACCCUGCUCGCUACGAGUUCCUGUGGGGUCCAAGGGCCCACGCUGAAACCAGCAAGAUGAGAGUGCUGCAGCACUUGGCCAUGGUCUGUAGGAGAGAUCCCAGGUCUUACACAGAUCUAUAUGAAGAAGCGUUGAGAGAGGAGCAAGAGGCUGCCCAUGAGUGA